AUGAAUUCAACAGUUGCAUCAGAAUAUUCUUCAGAAAUUCACACCACCCCAAUAGAACACAGAUUUAACCCUUAUUCUGAUAAUGGGGGUACUGUUUUAGGAAUUGCGGGUAAGGACUUUGCUGUUUUAGCUGGUGACACUAGACAAGUUGAAGGAUACAGUAUAAAUUCAAGAUAUGAACAAAAAAUCUUUAAUGUGGGUGAUGAUAUCGUAAUGACAGCUAAUGGAUUUGCUGCUGAUGGUAGUGCUUUAAUUGAUAGGUUCAGAAAUCAAUUGAAAUGGUAUAAAUUUGAUCAUAAUAACAAGAAAUUAUCUGUUGCAAGUUCUGCUAGAUACAUCCGUCAUUUAUUAUAUAGUAAAAGAUUCUUCCCAUAUUAUGUCAGUACUUUGAUUGCAGGUUUGGAUGACGAAGGUAAGGGAUGUGUUUACUCCUUUGAUCCAGUUGGUUCAUAUGAAAGAGAACAAUGUAGAGCUGGAGGUGCUGCUGCAAGUUUAAUCAUGCCUUUCUUGGACAAUCAAGUUAAUUUCAAAAAUCAAUAUCAACCAGGUAGUGAUGGAACUGAAAAGAAACCAUUGAGAUAUUUGGAAUUGGAUGAAGUGUUGGAAUUAGUCAAAGACGCAUUCUCGUCAGCAACUGAAAGACACAUUCAAGUUGGUGAUGGAUUGGAAAUUUUCAUUGUCACUAAAGAAGGUGUAAGAACUGAAUAUUAUCCAUUGAAGAGAGAUUAG